GGGUAUACAUAUCAUCAAAUUUUCCAAGUAGUAAGGCAACAAAGAGAUUGUCCACACCACACACCAUGAGCGCAACAUCUCAGCAACAGCUCCCGCUGGAAAUUUACACUAACGAAAACACCACUACUGCUAACUCGACUAACGACCAUAGCAAACCAUUAUCGAAAUCAAAUGAUAGCGAUUCAGCAGCUACUGUUCAAUUGAACACUUUCAAAGACCAGCAGUCUAACCAUCUCCCGCACAAGAAGCUCAUGCAAGUAUUCCCACUCUUGGCUCUUGCACAAUUUACGGCAUACCUAGAUCAGACGUCUAUCUCAGCAGCUGUACCCACCAUCGGGGAAGCGCUACACCUCGGCCCUCAACUAUCGUGGGUAGCGACGUCCUACCUCAUGGCGACGACCGCCGUGCAACUACUCAAUGGACGACUUAGCGACAUAUUUGGCCGCAAGCAGUUGUUGUUAAUGUCACUUGGCAUCCUUGCAACGGGUAACUUGGUAUGCGGUUUUUCAAACACUCCGGCUAUGUUGUUUACUUUCCGUGUUGUAGCCGGGCUAGGAGGUGGUGCCAUGUAAGCUUGUCCAUCUUUUCACUCAAAACGGCUCUAGUCCAAAUCAUUGCCAGCGAUGUCACAACGCUACAACAGCGAGGCAAGUACAAUGGCUUCAUCGGUCUAGCCGUCGCUUUUGGAAGUGGAUUGGGGCCUUUACUUGGUGGUACCAUGGCGACUAAGGUUUCUUGGAGAUGGACCCUCUGGUAUGAUGUGCCAUGGCUAGUUGUCUUGUCUAUCAUGCUCUUCAUAGUGCUUCCAAGCAGUAAAAUGGCCGCUGGUACCAGGGCAAGACUCGGUAUGAUUGACUGGAUCGGUGUUGCUAUGAGCGUUGCUGCUACUGUUCUAUUGUUGGUACCUUUGUCCCAAGGUGGCUCGGCCUUUGCGUGGAAUAGCUCCCUUGUCAUCUCUAUGCUCGUGAUUGGAGUCAUCACUUUUACUGUUUUUCUGGCUGUGGAGUGGAAGGUGGCUAAAUUGCCCAUCAUGCCUCUACAUCUGUUCCAGAAUGGUCUAUCCUGCAACAUCCUACUCGUUCAAAAUGUCCUUUUCGGCAUCGUCUUCUGGGGCAACCUUUAUUACAUGCCCAUCUACCUAGUCAAUGUCCGUGGCUAUACAGCUAUCAUGUCGGGUGCUAUCAUCAUGCCUAUGGCAGGAUCUCAAGGGCUGGGCUCCAUUUUAUCAGGCCUUAUAAUUUCACACACGAAGCGCUAUAAUCCCGUGAUGGUCGCGGGCCAAUGGGUAUGGGCUUUACUCCUCAUCCCGCAGGCCUUCUACUCGCGCACCACGCCUAUCUGGGCAAUCUGCAUUGUAGGCUUCUUCCAAGGCCUAGGCACAGGCUGCUGCUUCCAGCCAAGUCUCGUAGCCCUUCUAGCACACUCACGACGCGCUGACCGCGCCGUGCUCAACUCGUUGCGCAACUUCCUUCGCAGUAUCGGAGGUACGCUAGGACUGACGCUCGCAAGUCUCAUCUUAAACAACGUACUCAAGGCGCGCCUGAAAGGCGUGGUAAGUCCAUCCCUCGCCGACACAAUAACAACUUCUAUCAAUCAGCUUGACUCGCUGGGGCUGUCGGCUGCACAGCGUAGCGCAGUCCUGGACGCUUAUAUGGCUAGCGUACGAACCGUCUUCAUAGUGUACGCGCCGCUGAUCGGAGCUUGUGCUUUGGCUGCGUUGUUUGUUAAAGACAAUGGACUCGAGGAGAAGGAUACGAGUGUGACCCUGUCUCCUAACACCCCAGCGCCCCGAAGAUAAAUCUUAAAUCAACCUAUAUAUAUUACCUGCUCAAUUAUGCACUACAGGAUGACGAUUUCAGCGGCGAAGAAAAUAGAAAUUUGCUGCCUGGUUGUCGGCAAAUCAUCAGUGGGGUUCUUGGUCGCCUUGAAACUUAAUUUCGAUCGUAUUUUAGGACAAUUCUGGAACCUCCUAAUGGCCUACAUUUACGAUAGGUCUACCAGAGGUCUAUAUUCGUAUUGGAUGUUAUAUAGACGUAUCGGAAAACAUUUUGAUUUCGUGUUCGCGAUAUUUCCAUCGGAGGGGUUCAAAUAAGCUACGCUGCUGCCACUCAACUUCCCCGAUGGUAUCUCUUCGGCACUACCGAUUAUCUGUUGCUUUGUAGAUUAUAAUGACAGUUUUUUACUAUAAAUAUAGGGCUUUGAUCUCCGUCCGACGCUUUUACUAUCCAUCCGACGACCCACAUUUUUCCAUCGUAUAUCGGAAGUAUGUAACUUUACUAUGUGACAAUCAUACAAUUUUGAUGCACAAUUAUGUUAUGUUCAAUAAUUAUUCAAAAAAGCA